AUGGUGCCCAAUGUUCUCUUUGGCAUCAGGUGUCAUUUCCAGACUCUUCAUACCAAAUUUCCUGGUCGCCUGUACCCUGCCAUCUUUGACAUCCUAAGCCACUAUACUCAUGACUUGAAAGAGAGAUGCUGGGGUACUGCUCCCCAUAAGCUCAGUAUCUCCAAGCAUGCUGGCUGCAUUUACUUAUUGAAAGCCACCAUUGGUUCUGACACAGAUGCCAAUGAGGAAAUCCUUGGUGCUACCACUAGCAAUCCCAGCAUUGUUACUAUGGAGGUGGACACUGACAAUGUCAUCGCCACUGUCAAACUUCUGUCCGUUAAGUUCAAGGAGGCAUCUCCUGAACCUGUUAUCAGGGUGAAACAACCUAAGAGGAUAAAGGCAGUCAGUGUUAUUAAUAAGAAGGUGAAGACUGAACACCUGACCCUCAGUUCUACUGACAAUGUCAUCAUUAUCACGGAUACUGCUAACAACAAUGUUAUAGCUGCUGAAGCCAUUGUCGACCGCACUACCAAAAUUGGGUUGACUUUGCUCAUGGCUCAGAAGAACCUUGCUUUGCUCAAGACUGAGCUAGGCAAUUUGGAUUACCAGCUUGCCUAUGUUCUCCACCAAUGUGCCCAUGCCGCUCAAGAGGUGGCUCUUUUCAAGAAGCGCAUUAUUCUCUUGAAGGCCAAGGCUAGCUCCUCAAAGUAG